GCUCUUCUUCUGUUCUUCUCCCCUGCAACCCGAGAAGAGCCCCAGCCACCGCCACCCACUUCCGGCCAGAAACACGGGUAAAACUUGGGGAUUUCUCCCUAUUUUCUUGUCUUAGAACACCUGUUGAACCCAGAAAAUCCCAGAUCUGCGUCUUCCUCCCUCUGCUGUCCGUCGGCUUCAACUUGUGGGUUUGAAAUUUCUUGGCAUUUUUCGCCGCGAGUUCCCCUGCAGAAUUUCUUCUUCUCUACCGCCGGCUCCUCCCCCCCUGCUAGGCUCGGUUUUGCUUGCUAAAUUCUGGUAAGUAGCCGUCUUUUCCAAGCUUAAAAUGACCCAUUUAAUGGCUGGGUUUUGUCCAUUAGUUGAUGCUCUAUGUUGUCCGAAUCUGCUGGGAUAGGGGAUGAAUUUGGCAACCCUUUUAAAUGUGUUUUAAGCUUGAUUAAGUAGAAUUUAGCUUGAAUUAGCUGCUGUGAUAUUUUGUGUGAAAAUCCCGUGAAUUAGCUAGUGUUUUGGCCAAUUUUUGGAAGUUGGAGUUACUGUUCACAUCGUGGGUACUGUCCACGGCACUGUUCACAGAACACUGUUCACACACCGAGGGUUAACGAUUAACGAGGAUUUAAAGGUUUAGUUUGUGAUAUAAGAAUGAAUUUGGAGAUGUUCGGUUAUGUGGAGAUUGAUAGAAAUAGCACCGUGAUUAGGGGUAGUGCUAAUGAUGAUUUCACUGUGAAUUUGUGGUGGUAUGGUUAUUAAUUGUGGAAUAUUGUGAUUAGGUUUUGAUUGUUUUGUCACCGUAGCACUUGGGUUAGCCUUCUGUUCUGUGCGAGUAAGGUAAGUAAAUUAUGGUAAAGCCCUUCAAUUUUAAAGCAUGUUUUAAACUGUUUUUGAGAUGGUGGCAAGGUUUAAAUUGAUUUUAAGUUGAUUUUCAUCAGCAAUUGAGUGUGAUUAAGCUGAAAUGAAAAUUUGGAUGAUUUUCAUGAGAGUUUCCUUGUUUUUCUGAAAUUGAGCAUGAUUGAAAUGAAAAUGAGGAUUUUAUUGAUUUUCUGGAAAUGAGCAUGAUUGAGAAAUGAAAAUGACAAUUUCAUUGUUUUUCUGGAAUAGAGCAUGCCUAUUUGGGAAUUGACUAAACUGCUUUGAUGAACUGAGAAUUUUGUAAAUGUUGAGUUUUUUGUUAAAUCCAUGCCUGCAUGGAGAUUUUCCGGUUUGUUCUGAAAUUCGGGAUUGAUUGUGAAAUUCGGGUUUUUCUGUAAAUCCUGCAUGGUUUUGUCUCGGAUAUAGUUAUGAUUAUUGAUGAUCCCGCUAGUGGGGGUUAAACGCUAGCACAUGUCGGCGCAUGUCGAUAUGUUAUUGAUGACCCUACUAGUUGGGGUUAAACACUAGUAAAUUUCUGUCGCCUGC